UAGUACGUGUACAAUAUAUUUUUAAGAAAAAUUAUAAUCUAAUCAUUAAGGAAUCUUUACGUAAACCAUACGAACUUUUUUUAUAUACGGCUGAUAAUAUCGUUCUGUAAAAAACUGAUGCGGAAUAUGUUUGAAUCGAUCCAUCUGAUCAGAGGAAGGAUCGAUCCCAAGGGGUUGAUAUGUGCGCAUGAAAGAUAGACAUGCGCUGUAUAGCGAUUUAGAAAUAAGAACGGUGGUAAAACAAAGAAUUUUUAACCAAAACAAACAUGGACACGCAGUAGUGAUAGAAAACGUCUUCCUUACUUUCCUACCAUAUAUAUUAUACCAUAUAUUUUUAAGAUCGCACAAAGAUGAGCCCUGGACUGGGUCACGACCCUUUGCCUUCCUAUAACGUCACGUCAGUAGGUAAUACCGCACUGUGCCUAUGGCAACAGCCACAACACAUAUUAUUCCAGUUAGCGAAUUUCUGCUUUGCACUCUCUUACUCAGCACCGUCCUCGAAGAAGGGUAUAUUGUUUAUGCACUCAGUUUUAAUCGUCGGUUUUAUGUUGCUGUCCGGAUGGGCAUGGCACGUGAUCUGUGCACCAGAUAUCUUCUCCUGGAACUUUACUUUCUUGUUGUUAAAUAUUGGACAAUUGGUUUAUAUCGUUUAUCAAAUGAGACCGGUCAGGUUUGAUCCUGAAUUGGAAGAGGUCUAUCACACACUUUUUUAUCCUUUUAAAGUAUCAAGAGCACAAUUUAAAAGACUAGUGUCCCCAGAGCUUGCAACGGUGAUGUCCCUUCAUACUGGUGAAGCAUAUGCAAUGCAAAACUUAACUAAAACAGACAGACUAGGUCUAUUACUCAGUGGUAGAGUCAAUGUUCUUAGUGACACCAACUUUUUACAUCCAAUUCUACCCUGUGAAUUUUUAGACUCGCCAGAAUUUGAAAGUUCUAGAGCAUCUAGAGAUGAUAAAUUUAAGGUCUCAAUAGUUGCUGCUAGUUCUUGUAAAUACGUCUACUGGCAAAGAUCAGCUUUGGAAUAUCUUCUUGUUAAAGAAGCCUAUCUUGCAACAGUCUUAACAACUUUAGUUGCAAGAGACAUUGCUACCAAAUUAUAUGCAAUGAACAAUAAGAUAGUUACAGAAAAAGGUUCGCAUUUGGAUAUUCGAUUGCCUACUAUUAACGCUGGAAUAGGACUCAGUGGUGAUCAUAGGAGUCCUCGAACAUCUAGGCAAACUUUGAUACAUAGAAAAGAUACAAACCCUACGUCCAACAAUGUGGCUGGUGCUAAACCAAAAGAAAGAACGACAAACAAUCUAAGUAAAAAGGGUGCACCUAACAUGGAACCUCUGCCAGAAUUACCGUCCUGUGAUGAUCUCGCAUCGAGUGGUGUAGAAAGUUGGCUAGAUUCGUCUAGCAAAUAUCAUAGCUGUGAAAUUGUCGAUGAGGAGUGACGAUACGCUUAUCAUGCAAGCUACCAUUGUCCAAUGGAGGACGAGCAAAAGUGCAUCGAACCUAAUUGUCUCCUUUACGAGAUGAUUACGCGAGAAGUUUAACGAUUUUAGUCCAAUUUGAUGAGAAGGAGAAUUUAAGGAAGAUAAAUUAUAAAAUAUAAA